CAUAGGGCAAUAUUUUGCCUCUCCUAAUCUUUUGAAACUUGCAGCAUUGAUCAUAACCUCAAUGUAAAUAGAUAAAUGCAUGAUUUUUCCGGAAUCGCUUACCAGUUUUAUACCGAAUAGGCCUUAAGUGAUAAUAACAAAUGUUUUAAGAUGGUCGUUCUAGUUUUUUCACAGUUAAUAGCUUUUAAACAUGUCAAGCCGGGAGGUUGUACAUAUAAUUUACUGAUGAGAAUUAACAACAACUUGAAUAAUGGUUGUUUAUAUUCGACAGAAGUUAGUAAAAAAAUAGAUGCAAAUGAUUUAGACGCAAAUGAAAAUACUAAAAUGAGUAAAGCUAUGAAGGCUUAUUUAGAACGAGCUAAAGCAUACGAUGAUUUCAUUAAGACAGAAGAAAAUAAUUAUAAUCUUGGAAAGUUGCAUUUAUCAAAUAUGAUGGGAGUAAAAUCAACAAAUUUUACACAAAUUGAUGUCGAUAAAGCAAUUAGAUAUUUAUUUCCAUCGGGUUUAUAUGACAAAAAAGCAAGACCUAUUAUGAAACAUCCGAAAGAUAUUUUUCCAGUAAAAAAAGCAGCACAGUUCGAUUCGACAGGGAGACCAUAUCACUCAAUGUUCUAUACUACAAAGCCACAUUAUUAUAAAGCACUCUAUGAUGUUGUUGAGUGUAUGCAUUUAUUAGAUGCCACAGAAGAUAAAUUAAUAAAAAAUGACAAUCAUAUUUUGGUUCCAAUAGAUUUGUCGAAUUCUCAAUGGGUAAAUCAGGAGAAUUUAGAAGGACUAUUAGUGGAAAAAAUUUCCACCGAGCAAGAAUAUUUUAUUUCAUCCAUUGAAAAAUUAUGCCAGCAUCCAUUAGCAAAUGACGUAAAAGAUUUUAUUAUGAUAUAUAGAAAAUUAAAACAGUCUGUUAUGCAAAAUUCGACGAUUCCAGAAUUAAUGUACGAUAGCAAUAAUAGGCCCUAUAUAUUAGUUACAGAUUGUAUGAGAAAAAAUGCUCGAGGUGAAGUACUAGUGAUAGGCCAAGGAUCGGGAAAAAUCACAGUUAAUGGACUACCUAUGGUCAAUUACUUUAAAAACUUGCAGGAACGCGAACAGAUUAUUUUUCCUUUGCACUUCACUGACAUGAUGGACCGUGUCGACGUGGAAGCAAGAAUCACUGGUGGUGGACCAUCAGGACAAUCUGGUGCAAUACGCUGGGGAAUCGCAUGGGCUUUGCGUAGUUUCGUUGAUUUAAAUAUGAUUCAGAAGAUGAAAGUCGCUGGAUUAAUUACAAGAGAUUGGCGUAUUCGGGAAAGAAAGAAGCCGGGUCAAGAGGGCGCCAGAAGGAAAUUCACUUGGAAGAAACGUUAAAAGAACAUCUCGGUUUUAAGUAUAAAUAUUAUUAGCAUUUACAUUUAAUACAUUUAUACUACAUUUGUAAUUAAUAAUUAAUAUUUAUAGAAUUGUGAAAAAGUCUAUAUUAAAGUCGUAAGUUAAAUAAAAAAUUACAUUUUGUUAAGUGGUGUAA